GUAGGGAGAUCAUUCGCGCCAUUUGCUCGCUCUCAGCUUCCACAGACCUGCGGUUAGACCACAUUGAUGUCUUGGCGGCAUGAACAGCGCAUGCAAGCCGUUGCACAAGGGGCUUAUUAACAGGCCGGCCUCACUUCUGUUGUGCAGACAAGCUUGCUAAUCGAUAAGUUUGUGUGCCCCGCAGCUGUUGACUGCCGCCGCGUUUCUGAUAAUAACUGCUCCUUCCUUCCUGAACUUCCCGCGAACAUUCUUGUCAACAACAGCCCAUCCCGCAGGCACCAACUGAACGUCAAGCAUCAUGUCGUUCCUAAAGAAGCUUACAGAGGAAUUCAAAGAGCUCUUCGACGAUAAAGAGAAGUCCAAGGAUGAUAAGCCGCCAAAGGAGGAGAGCAAAGAGGGCAAAGAGAGCAAGGCCGACGAGUCAACGCGCGACUUCAACGACCACUCCCAGUCUGGCUAUCAGCACCAACAGCCUGCCUAUGGCCAGCCACCAGGACAACACUCGCAGCAGGGACAAUAUCCAGCGCCGCCUCCACAACACUCAAGUCCACCAGGUCAGCCUCCGCUUCCGCCAGGAUGGAUGGCGCAGUUCGACCAGAACUCACAGCGCUGGUACUACGUAGAGCAGGCUACUGGCCGCACGCAGUGGGACCCACCUCAACCCCCUCCUCAGCACUACGGAGCCCCACCGCCGCCAGCUGGUGGAUACGCUUCACCGCCACCUCCAGGCGGCUACGGAUACGGCCAGCCGCCGCAGCAGCAGUACGGACACCCAGGUGCUCCAUCACCCGGUUACCAAGGCGAGCGUGGCCCAGGUGGUGAGGCCGGCAGCUUCUACAAUCAGUACGGCGGUGCUCAGCCAUCCGCUCCUGGCCAGAACGAAUACCAGCACCAGCAAAAUGCCCAGCAGUACUUCUCUCAUGCCGAUGAGGCCGUGAAGGGCGACAAGGAUAAGAAGGAGAAGAAGGAUAAGAGCAGCGACAAGACGAACAUGCUGCUCGCCGCCGGUGCUGGUGUGGCAGUUGGUGGUGUAGCUGGUGCCCUCAUCGCCAGUCACGAUGACAGCGACGAUGAGAAGCACACAUCAUAUGCUGCUGCCCCUGCUGCCGCUGCACCCGCCGCUGCCGCACCGGCCGCUUAUGGUGCCGACCCAGGCUAUGGUGCUGCAGGCUACGGAGCUGAUCCAGGCUACGGUGCUUAUCCACCAGGAAACUCGGAAGAAGCUGCAGAUCUCAGAGCGGCCGAGCGCGACUACCAGGAGGCUCUCCACGAUUCGAGCGCGAGCAGUAGCGACAUCGAGGAAGCCAGAGAGGAGCUCGAAGAGGCUGAAGAGGAGUACUACGAUGAUUAACACAAGGUGAUGCGUUGACAUGGCGGCCGGGCCAUGCAGUACAGCCCCUGUGGACCAGUCGCGGGGCAACACAGAUGCUCUCAGCCUGCGUGAGUAGCUUUCAGGAUGGUGUCGUUGGCAAUAGACAGAAUGAAUGUCGACUUCUUCUGACUUUCGAAUGUCAAAAGACAAUUGCACACUACUUUCGUGUCGUCCCAUUCCUGCUUACUGGGAUCGUCGGCUAUGACCAGGGUGCCAUGCUCGAAUCCUAUGCAAUGCGAUCAGCCUCCAACCCCAUCGUCAUCACGUGGAGCAACGGCAGACACGAGCCUCCCUGUCUUGCCUGCCGGAUUUUGCGCCUCACACGGUCAUCGUUGCCGUUUCCUGACCACGUCGCCGGACGGAGUCUGCGUACACCUGGCAAUUCUGUGCAUGCUCUUCGCAUACCCUGCCUUUGCCACUGACAUUCCAGUAGCGUUCAUGGCUCCUACGCCAAUAGUCAUAGGAGAAGUUUGCUUUGCCUGGCAUCUUGGUGGAUCAGAGAUGGAUUUUGACCUAGGAUGUGCGUGGAGAAGGAGCAUUUGUCUCUGAGCGGCGUUUUUGUGAAGAUGCUGCACCGCUGCCGAUGAUGUACAUGGCUUGCUCUGGUUGCCCAAGCAGUAGUGAUAGUCUGUCGGUCAUCUCAACGUGGGUUGUAGGCAAGUGUGUGUUCUCUUCAUUGUCAGAGUCAUGGCGGUCUAGACACUCGAGAAUCAAUGCUCUGCAAAUGCGGAGCGUGCAAUCUCGCGGUCGUCAUCGCGGAGACUUCGUGCCGAGCCAGGCCGUGAAGACGCUUGCCGCUGGGGACGCUUCCGAUGUCCGUUCCGUGUACAAUGUCGUCGCCAGCAAUCAGGCCCUCCACGGUGGCUCAUCGGCGUACAGAGUGCACAUGUCGCAACCGUGAAUA